AUAGGGCCAAUCAGCGGCGGCGUUGCGUUUGAGGCUCCACGUCGGCACCAGCUUCGGGGCAAGAUGGAGGCGCUGAUUUUGGAACCCUCACUGUAUACUGUCAAAGCCAUCCUGAUUCUGGACAACGAUGGAGAUCGACUUUUUGCCAAGUACUAUGACGACACCUACCCCAGUGUCAAGGAGCAAAAGGCCUUUGAGAAGAACAUUUUCAACAAGACCCAUCGGACUGACAGUGAGAUCGCCCUUUUGGAAGGCCUGACAGUAGUAUACAAAAGCAGUAUUGAUCUUUAUUUUUACGUGAUUGGCAGCUCCUAUGAAAAUGAGCUGAUGCUCAUGGCUGUUCUGAACUGCCUCUUUGACUCUUUGAGCCAGAUGCUGAGGCUGGUUUUUCUCUUCUCUUGGGGACUCAGGAAAAAUGUGGAAAAGCGAGCUCUGCUGGAGAACAUGGAAGGGCUCUUCUUGGCUGUGGAUGAGAUCGUAGAUGGAGGGGUGAUCCUAGAGAGUGAUCCCCAGCAAGUGGUACACCGAGUGGCAUUAAGGGGUGAAGAUGUUCCCCUUACGGAGCAGACUGUGUCUCAGGUGCUGCAGUCAGCCAAAGAACAGAUCAAGUGGUCACUCCUUCGGUGAAGACCCUCCCAUUCUUGGCUCCUCAUCCCCUCAGAAAAUCCACAUGUCUGCUGUGUCUUCUCAUCCAGUCCCCCAACUGAUGCUCUCAGGGUCAUCUUGGGGAUCACAAGAGAUCCUUAAAUCUCCAUCCUGUCUGUGGUUGCCCCCACCAUCCCCCUAUACGCUUACCUGUCCUUCUCUUUUUUGAAGUUCUGGGAGUAAAACUCCUGGCAGAUUUGGAUGCAGGGUGGGGGAAGCACCCUCUUCCUUUCUAGAAGCACCCUUUUCCUUUCUAGACUGGGUUAUGAUCUCAUGCUCUCCUUUCCCCCAUAUUGUCUCCUUAACGUUUGUGCCCUUUGCUGCAGCUGUACUUCAUAUCAAAGCAGGACAAAGAAUGUGCUGAGUGUUUUUCUCCCUUUGCCUUUAUCCAGGCCUUCAUCCCAACAGCCCAUAUGUCCAGCAAGGGGAGGAGAGAGAGAAUUCUUUUCUGUAGACUAGGGGUUGGGAGAGGUAUAUUCAGUCUCAGCCACAGCCCCACUUGCAGGUCUCAGCAUUUUCUCCCAUUCCUUCUUACUAUCCCAUCCUCUGGCCUUGGAAAAAAGAUUGGGAACAGCUCACAGGUAGGGGAUAAAGUGAAAGAAGCAGCAAUUUAAAU